GAGCCUUGCGGACUAUUCUCGCGGAGGGAUACACGGCGCUCCGGCGUGGAGCGAGAUUUGAAUCCCUGUCUGCUCCUUUUUAUUUCUUUCGUUUUUAUUUUACAGGAACAUGUGUUGAGAUAUUAGGGGCCUUUUAUGACACAGCAGCUUAUGUGUCUUUUUAUGUAUAUACAUUUUAGCAGCCUGAUACACCCUUGAGUUUACAAGAUGGCUACCGUGAAGAUGAACACUGCUACCAGCACCGAGGGAGAUCAGAAGGAGAAAAUGUUGUCCCCCUCAGAAGAGGACCCCUCUUUGGUUUUAAAUGAGACCUCGGCCCCCCUGAAUUUCUCCGGCCUCACACCUCAUCAGUUUGGCAUCUCUGUCCAAAGUUUUACCCCAGCAUCUUCAUCAAACCGCAAAGAUAAGUCUCGUCUAGCACAAAUAAAGGCAAGGCGGAGGUCCAGCGUCGGUGUCCGGGGCUCCCCAGAGACAAACUCCCUCAUCCGCUUCAUGGCACAACAAAGGACGAAGACUCCUCCAACCCUCCAAACUCCAGAGCUUGUCAGAAGUAGCCCCUUCCUUCCCCGGGACAUCUCCACACUGAGGCAGAAGAUGGCCUCAUUCCAGGGUCUGAUGGAUGUGGAGGAGAGUCAGGCCUGUGAUCCAACGCCAAGGCAGGACAGCAGCACUGGAGGACGCAUCAAGACAAGAGAUUAUCUGUCUGAUGGGAACAGCCGUGAUGAAGGAGGGAAGGAGAACCACCCACCAAAGAUGACGCCCAUACCCAGCAAGAGGAGGCGCCUGGGCCCCUUAGAAGGCUGCGAGGUGGAGAUUAGAGAGGCCAGCGCUCCUAUCCUCCACUUCAGUUUGAAGGAGCAGGAGGAAGAUGAAGAUCCAGUAGCGCAGGUUGUGACACAAAGACCACUGCCAUUCAGUAAGACUGGGGAGGAGGCCCAGGCUGUGCUCUUAUCGCCACCACUUCAUGUUGACUUUCAGCUCCAAGCCCGCUCCCCUUCUGCGAACCAACAGGACGGAGUCUUUGAACUCCAAAGCCCCAGCCGACCACCUCCUGAUGAUCCCGCAGCCGCUUCAUCAGACCGGCCUGCCGCCUCCUUCCGCAUCCCCUCUCUUCCUUCGCUGCUGGAGAUGAUGCCCACAGGAGAGGAUAACGCUGCUAAGAAGAAGAAAAGGGUGCGUUUUGGGGGUCCACUCUCUCCUGAGUUCUUUGACAAGAACCUGCCCCCCAGCACCCCGUUACAGAAGGGUGGCACGCCGGCCCGAGCGCCCACCCCGGGUGGUAGCUCACAGCUGCGCUCGCUGCUGAAGACACCGCAGAGGAGUGAAUCCCAGACACCACAAGCUCAGCCAGACUUCGGCAGCCCCACUGUGUUCGGCGCCUCACCCACGCUCGCAAUGCCUCGCAACCGCAGAAUACAGUCUGCGGGAGAGGAUGGUGAAGAGGAGGCCGGAAAGGCUGUUUUCACUUCAGUGGAGGAGAUUGACUUUACAGGAACGACCGAUACAGAAUGCAUGUGGGACGCCCAGCCGUUGAAUUUAAACGCCGCCUUCCACGAGGAGUCUCUUUCUCAGAGUCUGACAGAGAAUCAACCCAGUGCAACCUCAACCAUGAACCUCGAAUGGAAGGAAGCUCCAUCUCCAGCUCAAUCCAGAAACCAAAAGAAAAAGCCGAGACCAAAGGGUGAAUCCACCAGUGAGGCUCCAGCUCGCUCCGGCAGUCAAAAGAGAAAGCAGCCAGAAGAGAGCGAACCUGUGAAGAGGUCGACACGCUCUGCUGCCAAGUCGGCCUCUGGGAAGAUGAAGAUGACCUCCGCUGCCGCACGCCGGUGGAACAAGGACGUUGACCGCUCCCUGUACGGCUCUCGGUCGUACGCCUCCAAGAACCCCGACCUGAGUCCCAUCACGGAGAGGUUGUCCUCCGUCGGCCAGUCUCCAGCAGCACAGACGCCCUCUACGAGCUGCACAGCCCCAAAUCAUGAGACCCCCUUGAACCCUGAAAUGAUUAAUGACGCUAAAGCGACAUGUGACCUCACUGUGACGAAGACAAUGGAAGAUCCUUCAGAAGACUCCGUCUCGCAAUCAUCUCGCAACUCCAGUAAAGAAAGCGCCACGGGGAGGCUUUCUGGGCCAAGGGCCAGAGGGAGAGGACUGAAGAAGAGGAAGGUCAGUGUUGCUGAUGGUGACCUGUUCAGUGAGGGGACUGUGGACCAGACUGGAGGAAAGACCGAGGAGCACUGUGAAGACCAAACCACUACGAAGCCUGAGGCAUCAUGGGAAACCCCACUAACCCACACUGUACCUGAACAAGGAAGAGCUAACCCUGAACUUGAAACCCAGACUUCUGCAGACUCGGAUGGAAAACUUGAAUGUCAUGGCAGUCUGGAUCCACCCACCUCCGACCGCCCUCCUUCAGGUGAGGAAUCCAACAACAUUUUGAGUCUGCCGUUCGAGGGAGGACAGAGAAAAGCCAAGCGAGGCAGGAGGAGCUCUUUAAUCCCCUCAGUCCCACAGGAGCAGGCGAGCCAGGCGGAGGAUCACCAAACGAGCCGUGAAGUGGAGGAACAGGGACCCCAAGCAAACGACAUGGGGUCAAGCUCUGAUAGCCAGGAAGAGGAGGGCGUAGUCGGUUUGGACCUCGCACCCUGGCAGGCGGACUUUAAUCUCGAGGAUGUGUUCAAACCUGUCGUCACUAGAGGGCAACGCUCAGUACGCCGCAGCCUGAGAAACCGGAUCAACGCAGAGCACAGCAGCAGCAGUGCAGGUCUCGCCUGGCUGCCUCGAACCUCCCCUGACUCCAGUAGAGACGCCCGCAGGAGGACCCGGGGCCGACGGCUCAGUGCUGCGCCACCCGCCCAACCUUUACUCCCCGAGGAGACGCAAGACGACGCUUCAUGAGACUUACUAUAUGGGACAUUGUGUGCUUAUUUGGGUGAACUGAGAUUAAAGGGGGGGGGUGAUACAUUCAUUACCCUGUUUUCUUAAAAUUAAAUGGAAUGAUUUUGCGAAGAAACGGCCUGUAAAUAAUAUUGAUGCUUUUGUUCCCUUUGAAUUAUUAGUGCUGACCAGUAAUUUGUAGCCCGCGCUUCCCUCCACUAACGAAGCCAGUCAAUACGCUUGAGAGCCCAAUCAUCUCCGCUGACCACCUCCUAAUCAAUAUCCAACCACUCAGCUGGUAAUCACAGCGCAUCUUCAGUCUCGCUCUGCAAAGUCACUGGAUCGAGCAUCUCCGAGUCAAUAUCUACUCUGGAUAGAUGAAGAUGCGCUGUGAUUCACCUUCACCGACGUGCCUCACACACAGAGAGAAAUCAAAUUAAUAGGCUCACAUAAAUCUGUGUAUUUGUGUUUGGAAAGGGUUUGUUUAUAAACUCCUGACAUACAUGCGGAUGUCCAGGAGAGGUCCCCGUCCCCUUGCAUUAUCUGAGCUUUUAAUGAAUGGUUUUAAUACACUGUCAGUAAUUAAUAAUAAUAAUAAUAGCCAGUCAAACAGAAAUCGGCUUAAUGUGAAGUUAAGAAGAUGUUAAUGUGAUCUCAGUGAGUUUCCUGACGUGUUUAAAAUGUUCCAGACUUGGUUAAAUGCUUUUGUUGCAUGCAAAGACACUUAAUUAGAUCAAAUUCAAGCUCAUUCAUCCAGACAAUAAAACCGUCUCCACAAAUGUGAUGUUCCAGCUGUGUGGUCAGUUCGGUUCAAGUGCAGCAGCUUUUCCUUCCACAUAAACCUGGACCUCUUUUGCCAUAACAGGACGCAUCGAUACCUAAAUGACCGUUCUGAUCUACAUUUUGAGCACAGCCAAAUGUCUGGAAGUAAAUUGACCUCUAACCUCAGAUUCAAAUCGCCUCCUCUUUGCUGGCUUCAUCCAUCUGUCAGAGCGGGAUGGAGGGAGCUCUAACAAAUUGAGUUUCAAAUUCACUUCACAUAGGAAAAUUGGCUCCAGAAUGAUGCAUGACUGUAAUCUAUCCAUCACUGGGUAAUUGACUCCCUCCUUUUACAUCAAGUCAGUGUCACUUGGCUGAAGGACACCAGAGGGUUCUGGCUCCGAGCGUGUGCCAAGGUCUCUUCUGUAUUGCAACUGGAAGACAAAUGGACAGAAUCAUAUAGUUGUGGGGUUGACGCAGUGGGGCUACUGUGCCAUCUGGUGGUGGACCUGAGGAGCUGCAGUUCCCGGUUACUCAUCUGUCAAGUUGAUGGACUAUGAAAGAAGAGUCACUGGAAGAGUCACGGGGAACUGAUGUCGUCAGGAGGGGAAAUAAUUUAGUGGAUGCACAUUCAUUUGUGUCAAAGACUUUUUGUUGGGUGCUACUGCUGAACAAGAAUAACCUAAGGCUUGUGUGGGUUUAAUUUUUUCAUUUUUUUUUAAAUCAUGUGCCCACGUUGUGACCGUGUCUUUUCCCCACUCUGAUUUUGAAACUUCUAACUGGCGGAGACUUUUGUUUUUAUUGUAUGAGCUUUCAGCCCAAGUGCUGCACCUCCUAUACAAGUGGGUGUGAAGCCGAAGCGCCCCGUCCCCCCCGUCCCCUCCCUGGCAGAGGGGCAUAGUGAAGACGGCUUAACACAAGAACAAUGGGGUCCUUUGACCAAAAACGACGCCCCCAAGACAUGUGGCCUCCUGUCACCGUGGCAACCCCCCAUGGGACAGGGAGCGGGGCUGACAGCUGGAGAAGGAGGACUUGCAAAAAUGAGAGUCCAUUUCUUUCCACUGAAGCUCUAUCUUUCCCUCUUGCUUUCUUUUAUUUUUUUUUUUUUUCUUUUCUCCGGGGCCCUUAUGAAUGUGGGUUACAUCUCAUUUUACAGCUUCAUGUGAUUGACCUCACGGUGCUCGACUCGCCGCCUACGGCCCAUCCAGCUCGCCCAGACAAAACGAGAGUUAAAGAGACGACAAUAAAUCGAGUCUCUAUGGGGCUCUUGUUGCUGUCGCUAAUAAGAGAGCAUUGAUCUCAUUGACAAAUACGGGGCUGAGCCACCAGAUUUCACACUCACUGUACACUUGAUUUUACGGCUCAUUUUGAAAACGGAUGAGCGCUCGCUGUACAGACACAAAGAGGCAUAGGCAGUAAUUAUACUUCCAGCUUUAGAGACUUUUGUCUUUCAAUUAGUUAAUUAGUUGCUGAAUAGUAUUAAGUUGUCCCGCUGCCUCUGUCCUUUCUGUGCUGGGAGUGCUCUGUUGUUGAAGCUCGGAGGCGCGCUCUCUCGGCCCUGCACGGCUCUCCUGUGGAGCUGAAGACAGCAGGAGGAGGGCAACAAACAAAGGCAGGACAACAACAGGAGACCCUCUAGCUACUCUGUCUGGUUUUCUUCUGUCCCAGCGUGUCUGCGCGCUACAGCUGUGUCUGCCUCAAACAGCUGCCUCUACUCUAAGUGCUACUUUUCUUUUCAAACUCUUAAGUGUCUCAUCACAGGCAGUCUCUUUACCAGUAUUUUCUGCUGUAGUGGUAAUUCCAUGUUUUAGUUCAACUAAUUUGAUGAUUUUGAUGAGUUUUCAGCUGAAUAAGGACUCGACCUUUUUAUAACAUCAGUAGAAAGAAAUGUACAAUAUUUAAAGAUCUAACAAGUUCUAUUUAUUGGCCUCCAACCUCCAAUACAAAACCUUCUGCAUCGCUGUAAAGAGCUGUGAAUAAAUGUUUUUUUUUAAGCCA